UUCACCCGCCCCCCCUCUGGCUAAACAUGGCUAACUCUGGCUAAUUCUGGCUAACCCUGGCUAACCGUGGCUAACUCUGUCUAAUUCUGGCUAACCCUGGCUAACUCUGGCUAACCCUGGCUAACUCUGGCUAACUCUGGCUAACCCUGGCUAAACAUGGCUAACUCUGGCUAAUUCUGGCUAACCCUGGCUAACCCUGGCUAAUUCUGGCUAACUCUGGCUAACUCUGGCUAACCCUGGCUAAACAUGGCUAACCCUGGCUAACUCUGGCUAACUGUGGCUAAACCUGGCUAACUGUGGCUAACCCUGGCUAACUCUGGCUAACCCUGGCUAACCCUGGUUAGCCAUGGCUAAUAGAUGAGCAGGUGUCAGUCCCCGUUUAAACUCUUGCUUUAAUUCAACUUUAUUUCUCUGCUUCCUGUUCAGUUCAAGUUUCUCCGUCUGGUUUUGAGAAUUGUAGACAAAACGUUUUCAGAUGUCUUCAUGAUUAAUUCAGCUCCUGGCUUUGGGCACUGUGAUGUCAUCGCUCUGCUUUCUGCUGAUUGGUCGACAGGCAGCAGGUGAGAAGCAGCUGUGAUGAAAACUGAAACCUUCAUUCAUCUUUCAGGAGCUUCACUUUAAACUCAGGAAGGAACGAAGGAAGGUGAGUCUGCUUUUAUUCUGCUUUUAUUUGUUCUGAUCAGACCAGAACCCGUCCUCCUCCUGGUCCUCCUCCUCCUGGUUCUCCUCCAUGUCCUCCUCCUGGUCCUCCUCCUCCAGGUCCUCCUCCUGGUCCUCCUCCAAAACCAUUGUUGCUCUUCAUCCAUGUGGUAUUAACCAGGUAAAAUGGCUCAGGGGUUGGAUUCCUGCUCCAUCCAAUCAUUCAGUGUUUGGAGAAUAUCUCUCCUCCUCUUCUUUCCACCAUGUUCUCCUCUCUAAGCCUCUUAAAGUUCUCCUCCCUGCUCUCAGCACAUCUCACUGCAGAACCUUCUUUAGGAACCUUUCAUCUCUGCAUCCAUCUAGGAACGACAUCAGGGUCCUAGCUUCAUUUUAUUAGCAUUGGUCCUGUAGGAGCAGCUCUUUGGAUCUUUAGGAAUACGGGACCAGAUCAGUCUGGAUCAGAUCAGUCUGGAUCAGAUCAGUCUGGAUCAGUUCAGUCUGGACCAGAUCAGUCUGGAUCAGAUCAGUCUGGAUCAGAUCAGUCUGGAUCAGUUCAGUCUGGAUCAGAUCAGUCUGGAUCAGUUUUAACUGAUGUUCUUUUACAUUUUCAGGUGUGAACUCCUCAUGGAUCUGGACAGCAUCGAAGUGAUGAAUGAAAUCCGUCCGUCCGUCUACAGAGCGGCGACGAAACUGAUGUCGCUGCAGAAACUCUGUCACAUGGACAACGUGUUGGUUCGACACGUCCAGGCGGCGCUACGCACAGUGGGCGGAGCUAAGUACAAGGACAUCAUGAUGGACAGGGAGGAAGUUACCGUGGUGAUGGACAGGAUGUUCCACGCUGUGUCCCAGGACGUCCCUGGUCAUGAGACGUCGGCGUGUCCAGAGGAGACGAUACAACUGGUGUUCCGGCUGUGUGAUGGGAGCCGAACAGGAAACGUUUCGUGUGGUUUCCUCCGAGUUGCUCUCGUCUCCCUGUCCUCAGACGAGCUGCUGCUCAAAUACAGAGGUCUGGUUUCAGGUUCUGGAUCCUUCAGCAGGUCUGGACUCAGGUCUUUGCUGCAGGACCUCAGCCAGGUUCCGGCGGUGGUGCAGGAGGAAGCGGUGUUCGGUGGCGUGGAGGCGGCGGUGAGGUCCUGUUUCAACGGGGUUUUGAGUCCGAUGGUGAGUGAAGAACAUGUUGUGUCGUGGAUGCAGACUGAACCACGCCUGUUGCUAUGGUUACCCACUCUAUACCGGCUGUCUGCCGGUCAGAAUAUCAAACACAACGUCCGCUGUUACACCUGCAACACCUCCCCCAUCACCGGGCUCAGGUAUCGAUGCAUGAAGUGUGUGAACGUCCACGUGUGUCAGAGCUGCUUCCUGACGCACCGUCAGUCCAGGAAACACAAACCCCACCACCCGGUGCUCGAGUUCUGCACACAGCCCACCUGGAAGGAGUCUCUGUCCUCAUUAGUGCACAGUGCUCGCCAUGCCUUGUUGCCACGACGACACACACACAGAGACGUGGAUAGGAGCCUCGUGAUGUGGGCGGAGCCAGGGGAGACUCAGAACAGUGCUCCGCCCCCCUCUGACGCCUCAACACGAUUGGUUGAGUCAGCCCACAGUCCCUCCUCUGAUAGAAGUAUUUCCCAUGAUGCCGUGCGGCAUCCUUCUCUUCCCUGCACGUCUUCAUCUAAGGCUCUGCAGACAGACGAGGACACGCCGAGUCCUCAGGCGUCGACUUUGCUGACGGACGUCAGGAAUCUGCAGAGAGACAAAUGGCUGUUAGAGCAGGAAGUGCAGGCGUGGCGGCUCACCGUCCAAUCAGAGCAUGGCGUCCUGGAGGACCGCUGCUCCGAAAUGGAGGUCACUGUAGAAUCCCUGAGACAACACAAUGUUCAUCUGCAGGACAUGCUCACACAGGCUCUGAACAAGAUGGAGGCUCAACAACACACUAAAAACAUGUGGAGUGGAGACAUGACCGCAGCCUCUGACACAACAGAAGAAGAAGAAGAAGAAGAGGAGGAAGAACGACAAACUGCGUCUCUGACUGUCCUCCAAGUCCCACCUCUGUCACAUGAUAGACCCAGUGAGGACGAGUCUUCAGACGACGGCUGUCCAAUAGGACGACAGGUUGGACCUGAGGAGGUGGACCUACAGGGAGAGGUCACCUGUCUGCCUGAAGAAGAAGAGGAGGAUUGUGGGACAUGUAGUCCAGAGGAGCUGCUGCAGGAAACUGUGGAAAGGCUGAGGACUGUGAUGAAGAAAGACACGUGGACAGAGAGACGGACAGGUGAGGGGAAGAGGACGGAGCUUCUGAAGGCCUCAGACCAGGUGGGACAGUCCAUCCAUCACCUGGUGGACACUGUGAGGACAAACUGAGCAGGUGGACACAUUGAGGACACUGAGGACAAAGUAUCAUGUGGACACAGUGAGGACAAAGUAGCAGGUGGACACAGUGAGGACACUGAGGACAAAGCAGCAGAUGGACACAGUGAGGACACUGAGGACAAAGCAGCAGAUGGACACAGUGAGGACACUGAGGACAAAGCAGCAGAUGGACACAGUGAGGACA